AUGCGCUUUGACGAUGAGGUAUCAUUUCAAGUGCUUCUGGAGACGGAGUCUCUUGGUGACCUUCGAACUCUCAGCUUUCAUAGCGCCAACAUGAUGCUGAUGAAUGAGCCCACCGUAUUCCUUGCCGAUGUUAUCAAGAACGCUAUCUUUCCAAGAUAUCGUCGACUACGACUAGAAAACGACUACACGAAGUAUGGGGACUGCCAAAGAAUGACCACCGAGUACUGGACAUUGAAUUGCAAGUACUACGCACCUGUCUACGAAGCAAACAAAACCAGAUGUUCGCCAAGUGGAAGAAGUGCGAGAAGAAAGAAAACUAUUGUGCUCAGUGCUAUUGUGCUCAUCGGCUCUGAGGAAGACGAAGACGUCGAAACGUUAGCCGAAAAUAAACAUCAUUAUCAACCUCGUGUAAGCUCAUCAAAGAAAGAAUACAUAUUGUGCUCGGUAUUUGGAGGACCGCCUCUGUAA